AUGAUCGCCUCCGCCCUGAUUAUCUACACCGCCAACAACGAUUCCGUCACGUCAUGGUCGGUCCCAGCUGCUGUUGUACUGGCUAUCAUAUCGUCGUUAGUCAACAUCUGUCUAGGGACUAUUUUGUCGUUCGGCGUCACAGUCAGCUGGUGGCGAAGCGCGUCGCGAGGUACCACGUUGAAGAGCUUGCAUCUGAUCUGGGAGCGCGACAUGGGCGCUACUUUCUGGUCAGCUAUAAUAUCAGGAUACGAUACGCGCAGAGUUGCGGUCGUGGCCAUCCUGGUUGCGGCGAUUAAGUUUAUGAACAAUCCACUACUACAGAACGCUCUAAGGACGGAGGGAAAAGAGGUGGUAGAAAUGAUUCCAAUGUAUAUUGAAAUAGUUGAUCAGAUUCCGGAUGGGUAUCUCGGGAAGCGGAACGGCAUGGUCGAACCGUAUGGGAUUUCAACGGCACUCGGAGAUCUUGGAGCUAGAGCACUUCGAGGCUGGUAUCGAAACCAGACCGCGUUCAGCAUUCCCGCACACAUUUCGGAUCUCGAAGAGUGGGAGAAGAUUUGUCCAAGGAAGACAGGGGGCACUUGUGGUGGAUUCGCUUAUCCUAUCAAUAGCACCUGCCGGGCAAUGGGUGUAUUGGAGUCCGAUGAAUGCUUAAUCCAAGCGGCGACGGUGGACAUUUCUAUCAGUCUUCAAUGGUCGAUCGUCAAGGGUCACGGAGAGCCACGACCCAUUUCUGUUUAUCGCUCUGGCGGUGACCUUGCAGAUGCCCCGAAAGACGCCAAGGCUGGACCUCUUUCCGGCAUCGGGUAUGCAAUUGGUGGCUUCUUCCGGUCCCUUUCAACACUGGAGGACAUCAACGCUGUCGUAUCGGACCAUAUUGCCACGACGUUUUGGGCGCCUAAGUCGCACCCGGAGGGUUGUGCAAACGAAUACCUUCGACCUACCGAGGACGUAAUUUUUGCCAUGCAAGAGUUCAUGGCUCAUGCCUCGAUCUACGCCGCAAGAGUCUCCAAUGGCAAAUUCCAUCGAAACGUCACAAUGGAGAAGUUCACUUCUACCACUGUGUGCAAAGCGGACUUUCGGUAUUUGGGGACCACUCUGACAGUUAUAUUUAUUGGAUUGGUGACUGUUGUAAUACUUCUGUGGGACUGGUGGAGUCUCGAUCGAUUGAAUGUAACACUGAGUCCUGUGGAAACGGCAAGAGCCUUUGGUGCGCCAAUUUUGAUGUCUCAAAGACAAGAAUCUGGAGACGUGGAAGCCAUUCUAAAACGGAAGGGCCACUUGAAGGUUAAAUAUGAUGGCGAUGUUAUUGUUGCAACUAAUGUGGGUGAUGGAGCAGAUGUGGAGUUGAGUCUGCUGGAGGCGCAGAAUCCGUGGUAUCGAUCGGUCUAG